UUGCUCUUCCAUACAUAUAUAUACAUACAGCGGGGCAGGCAGACCUGCGUAGUGCGUACACUCAUCUCUUUCAAUUCCAGUCAGAAUCUUUCUUCCAUUGCCAUUUCUGCCAUAAACAGUAGAAGCAUCCUCUCAGUUUUAUGGGUGAAAAACCCCGGCUAAUAUUUCUCCAUUCUUCUUCUCUUGCUUGUAUCCAUCAAUCCUAUAAUGCGCCCUACAUUGCCAAUCAUUAUCGUCAUCAACUUGUUGCCAAUGCGGCUUUUCUUUCAUUAGAGAGAGAUCUAAAUAUCACAAAUAACCUCAUCUUCAUCGAUAUCAUAUAUAUUGUAAUCGGCUGAUUAUUUUAUAUCUCUGAAAUGGAUCUCAGCGUGUCCUGCUUUUCUUCUCUGUACAUCAGCCUCGCAGUUUUGAUUGCAUUUUAUAGAGGCAUUUCAGGGGCUACAUUUACGAUGAUAAACAGGUGUGACUACACAGUAUGGCCCGGGAUUCAACCCAGUGCCGGUAGCGCCAAAUUAGACAGCACCGGCUUCGAACUCGGGCCAGGCGGUUCCCGGAACUUCCAGGCCCCGCCGAACUGGUCCGGAAGAUUCUGGGGUAGAACCGGCUGUACCUUCGACCCAAACCUCGGUCAAGGAAGCUGCGUCACCGGUGACUGUGGUUCCAAGCAGAUGGAAUGCAACGGUGCCGGAGCGAACCCGCCAGCAACUCUGGCGGAGUUCACGAUCGGGUCCGGCAGUACACAGGACUUCUACGACGUAAGCCUAGUUGACGGAUACAACGUACCCAUGAUCGUCGACGUAAUCGGUGGGUCGGGGACAUGCUUGUCAACCGGGUGCGUAACGGACUUGAACCAGCAGUGCCCGAAAGAAUUGCGGACUGGGGACGGUGCGGCGUGUAAGAGUGCAUGCGAGGCAUUUGGGAGCCCCGAGUACUGCUGCAAUGGGGCAUAUGGUUCACCGACCACUUGUAAGCCGUCGAUUUACUCGGAGAUGUUUAAAGCCGCAUGUCCGAGAUCGUAUAGUUACGCCUACGAUGAUGCCACGAGUACUUUUACGUGUACAGGAGCAGAUUAUACAAUCACAUUCUGCCCUUCGGGAGCAAGUAAAAAAUCUGCUCGAGAUGCUUCUCCAACCACAAGCACAACAAAUGGCUCCGGAACCGAGUCACAGCCACAGAAGGUGCCAAAAGAGCUGGUCAACAGUCCCUCAUCAUGGUUUCCAGACUUUUUCACCGGGGACUCAUCCAAGAUUCAAUCUUGUUCUGCUUCAGUGAUCGCUUCUCUGGCAUCGUUUCUAUGCCUCUUUUUCAUUUUAUCUUAAUCUCUCUCUCUCUCUCUCUCUCUCUCUCUCUCUCUCUCUCUCUGUGAUUGCUAAGCCCAUUUUUCAUGCCACUUGUAUAGACAUUCGGAGCUAAACGUAUAUAUUGCUUCUUUCUUACUUAGCGAGGAAUUUGUAGUUUGUACCACAAAGUUAGUAGCAAGACAGCUUUUCAUAGGCAUAGAAAGAAAGAGCUUUUAUAUAAUAAAAAAAUCUCGUUGUUAUAACAAACUUACAUCAUUACAUGUGCCAGAAAA